CGUUAGUAAGAAGAAUGACUGUUCUAAUGAAGAGUGUGACGGCGGUAACUGUUAGCUAACAAAAGUUACCAUGAUAACUUAUUUUGUUUACUGUAAGCUAAAAACAAUGAGUUAUUAAACUACCUGUGACUGUAAAUCCGUCUCCGACUGCUCCCCGGUGGUGGUGAUGUGAAGCUGAGCCAGCGGACCGAGAAGGCAGGACCGACGGACCGACGGACGGACGGACUGACAGCCGCCGGGGAGUCAAGUGCCCUGUUCUGUUGUAUCGUGUUGGAGAUGUGUUGACUUUUCUGACGGACAUGAACGCGCUUUUUGACCGUUUGCUCAACUUCAUCCUGCCGUUAGUGAGAGGGGAGGACCGCGUAUGCGCCUGUAUGUGUGGACGGCAUCAAGUCUAUCAUGUCGUUUCAUAUAAUGGGGCCCAGUCCAUUGUGGAUUCAAGGGAAAACUACACCGGGAGUGACAUCAUGACCCGCCAGGAGAUGAACGUGAUAGUUGGACUGCUCUUGGGUUUCUGCAUCAGCUUGACCUUGCAGUGGUUGGACAGGGUUUGGCGCUCACAGCUCAAAUACUGGAGGGAAAACCAAAUGAACGUUUCCUGGUCAUGGAUGCCCAAAUUCAGAAACGCAAAGGAGCUGUUCAGGCAAUCACAUCCAAAACACAUGGAGGACUCCGGGGAAAACAUCGAGCAAGAUGUGCACCAUGAUGUUAAUGACACAUAAAUAUAAAAGUGUGGAUUAAAUUCAG